UUAAGCCCGCGCAGGGCGCCCUCCCUCCCCGCCCCCAAGCCAGGACCCUUCUUCAUCCUCCGGUCCAGGCGAAGCCCCCGACAUUGACAUGCCAGAGAUUCGCCUCCGCCACGUCGUGUCCUGCAGCAGCCAGGACUCGACCCACUGUGCAGAGAACCUUCUCAAGGCUGACACUUACCGGAAAUGGCGGGCAGCCAAGGCUGGUGAAAAGACCAUCUCGGUGGUGCUGCAGUUGGAGAAGGAGGAGCAGAUACACAGCGUGGACAUCGGGAAUGAUGGCUCAGCCUUUGUGGAGGUGCUGGUGGGCAGCUCGGCUGGAGGGGCUGGUGAGCAAGACUAUGAGGUCCUUCUGGUAACCUCAUCCUUCAUGUCCCCUUCUGAGAGCCGCAGUGGCUCAAAUCCCAACCGUGUUCGCAUUUUUGGGCCUGACAAGUUGGUCCGGGCUGCCGCUGAGAAGCGCUGGGACCGGGUCAAGAUUGUGUGCAGCCAGCCCUAUAGCAAGGACUCCCCCUAUGGCCUGAGUUUUAUACGGCUUCAUAGUCCCCCAGAUAAAGACCAGGCAGAGGCCCCAUCCCAGAAGGUGACCGUGACCAAGCUUGGCCAGUUCCGUGUGAAGGAGGAGGAUGACAGUGCCAGUUCCCUGAGGCCAGGGGCUCUCUUCUUCAGCCGGAUUAACAAGACAUCCCCGGCCACAACCAGUGACCCAGCAGGGCCCAGCUACGCAGCAGCCACCCUCCAAGCCUCUAGUGCGGCCUCCUCCGCCUCCCCAGUUUCCAGGCCUGUCAGCAGCACCUCUAAGCCUCAGGAGUCUCCCAAAGGGAAGAGGAAGUUGGAUUUGAAUCUAGAAGAAAGGAAGAUCCCCAACAAACCAUCAGCCCAGCCCUCACCACCUGCCCUCAAGAGACCCAGAUUACCAGCUCCUACUCGCACCCCAUCCACGGCCCCCGUUCCUGCCGCAGCACAGGGGGCAGUGCCAGGGAAGCCCCGGGGAGAAGGCACCAAGGCCAGGGGAGCCCGAGCUGGCCCGCAGGAGCUGGGGAAGAUCCUUCAGGGUGUGGUGGUGGUUCUGAGUGGCUUCCAGAACCCCUUCCGCUCAGAGCUCCGGGACAAGGCUCUGGAGCUGGGUGCCAAGUAUCGUCCAGACUGGACCCCGGACAGCACUCACCUCAUCUGUGCCUUUGCCAACACCCCCAAGUACAGCCAGGUCUUGGGCCUCGGAGGCCGCAUUGUGUGUAAAGAAUGGGUGCUGGAUUGUCACCGCAUGCGUCGGCGGCUGCCCUCCCGAAGGUACCUCAUGGCAGGGCCUGGCUCCAGCAGCGAGGAUGAGGGGGGCUCUCACAGUGGCAGCAGUGAGGAUGAGGCCCCCAAACUUCCUCGAAAGGCCAAAACCAAGACCCCCCAGGGAGCUGGACCCAAUUCACCCCAAAGGCCCCCAACCCCUGAGGAGACAAAAACAGCUUCGCCAGGACCCCAGGAAGAUACCGACAUUGAGGAGGACCAGUCAGGACAAGACAACGGAGCGGAAGAUUCUGGGGACACUGAGGAUGAGCUGAGGAGGGUGGCUGAGCAGAGGGAGCAGAAGCCGGCCCCUGGGCAGGAGGAAAAUGGCGAAGACCCAUAUGCAGGCUCCACAGACGAGAACACUGACAACGAGGAGCACCCGGAGUCUCCUGAGCUGCCGAUCCCGGAACUCCCAGACUUCUUCCAGGGCAAACACUUCUUCCUGUAUGGGGAGUUCCCUGGAGACGAGCGGCGGAAACUCAUCCGAUAUGUCACAGCUUUCAACGGGGAGCUCGAGGAUUAUAUGAGUGACCGGGUUCAGUUUGUGAUCACGGCACAGGAGUGGGAUCCCAGCUUCGAGGAGGCCUUGAUGGACAACCCUUCCCUGGCAUUCGUUCGUCCCAGAUGGAUCUACAGUUGCAACGAGAAGCAGAAGUUACUUCCCCACCAGCUCUAUGGGGUCGUGCCCCAGGCCUGAAAUAGGUGUGCCUGCAUGCGCGCGCGCGCACACACACACAGUUUAAUAAAGGUGACUUGUUUGGAGCA